AUGAUUGUUGAGGGAAGAUUCUCCGUCGUGCAGAUGAACGUGAAUCGACGGCUCAGAUUCAACCAACCGAGUCGAUUACCAAGCUUGGGCGACUCGGGGAUUGAGAACGAGCGAGUCUUGGCUCUCGUCUUCGAGUCAAUUAGUUGGGACAUCCACACGCUAUGCGCAAUCGCCUCCGUGAGCCGCAGAUUUUGCGCAAUCGCGAGACGAAUCCUGUGGCGGAUGCUCUGCGCUCACCGUGCGCCGGGGAUGGUGGCGGCAUUGUCCGGCGAAGAUCCGAGCGGGCGGAUCGACGGUGGAUGGCACUCGUUAGCGAAACUCAUGUUCUUCUGCGGCGGUGGUGAGUCGAGUCGGUACUUCAAUCUGAGUCAACGGUCGCGGGGUCACUUCGCCUGCGAGUCCAGAUUCUCCAAGACCUCCGGGCGAUUUUUCCUGCCGAAGAAUUGCCGCGGCGAUCUCUUAUACAUUAGCGAUCCGUGCGAGCAUCACGCGGUGGGUGGAGAUGAGCAUUUAGGGGUUUUCAGAGGAGUGUUUAGGGAAUUUAUGAGAUCAAAGACGAGGCAGUGUCUCGUGAGAAGACAGGCGGAGCUGGAGGAGAAGGUCAGGUGUCCGUAUUGCGGAGGGCGCGUGUGGAGCAUGACGGCGGCGCGUCUCGUCCCUAGGAGCGCGGCUCAGCGACUGGGCUCACGCGAUGGUGGGUUAGAGUUCUUCGUGUGCGUCAACGGCCACUUGCACGGUACCUGCUGGCUGAUACCACUCUCAUCGGAUGAAGAAGGCAUAAGUUUCAAUGAUGAUUGCGACGAUUUUUACGGCGGCGCCACCGCUCUUUACCUUCUCAGCCAGAGAACGGGCAGAGAUGUUGAAUUUCUCAAAUCGGUCACUAGGGUUUCCCAGCUCAAGGAUUUGGCGGAAUUGGUAGAAACAGAGAGCACGGUGUUGCCUUCGAUCAUGGCUGUAUCAGGAAGAGUUGGCUCUGAGACACCCAUCAAGUGUGACCAUAGUGGCAUCCUCGGUGUCAUUGUCGAGGAAACCGCAGAGCGACUUUUUCUGAGACGUAAUUGGAAGUUUUCUUGGGUUCAAGACAGUGCAUUGAUGCUGCCCGUUAGUAAGGAAGUCCCGUGGUAUCUGGAGGACGGGACAGGACACGUGAAUGUCGCCGGAGCUCAAGAUGCAAUAGGCUUCGUCUUGACGGUUGGGGGUGAAGUGUUUGAAAAGUCAGAGCCGUCAUCCCUUGUUCAAGGAACAUUAGAAUAUCUCCGAGGCCUCAAGAUGCUUGGAGUAAGACGUGUCGAGCGUCUUCUCCCAAUCGGUACACGGCUUACCGUUGUUGGUCAGGCUAUUAAGGAUGGUACGGGGGAUGUCAGGGUUCAAAAACACGACCAAGGGCCUUUCUUCGUCUCACCUCUACCGCUCGACCUGCUCAUCUCUGAAUUGGGAAAGUGGUCAAGGUGGUUCAAGAAUGCCUCCAUGGCUUUAACUCUUGUUGCUGUGAUUCUGAUUUCAAAGCCUGUGAUUGAAUAUAUGCUAGUGAGAAGUGGGGAGUUUCUGGAGAGAAGGCGGCUGCGACUGUUGCGGAAAAGAGUUGAUGAUGCAGCUGCUAAGAGAGAGGAACGAGCGACUCGAGGAUUGGAAAGGCAGCAAGAGAAGAGCUCAAACUCAGAUGAUCUCUGCGUGAUCUGCUUUGAGCGCAAGUAUAACGCCGCUUUUAUUCAGUGUGGUCAUAUGUGCUGCUGCAUCACAUGCUCCUUGAAGCUGCAGGGGAAGGCUUGUCCUCUUUGCCGGGAACCAGUAUAUCAGAUUUUGAAGAUUUACCGCCCUUGAAGUAGACAUUGGACUCACUUAACCAGCACGCGAUGCUUGUUUUUGACUUUGACCAUAAUGUUCUUUCCAUCGCAGAUCCUAGUUAUUGAUGUAGACCGGAAACAAGAACCAAAUAGAAUGUUUGUCUAGUUACCCAAUCGCGUAUGUUAUUUCAAGCCUAUUCGUGAGAAAUUAGCGUCGGUUCUGGAAACAGCUUCCAUCCAAGAACUUUUUUCCACCUUUUCUUUGAAUUUUUUUUAAAAUUGAUAGUAUAAUCUCGAGUUAAUGAAUAGAUAUCGUUUUUAGAUUCCCAAAGUUUGCAUUACAAAAAGGGAUCCCAACAGAUAUAAUUCCUCACUGAGCUUCAAUUACCAUCACCAG